AUGAUAUCUGAGCUGAAAAGCUCCUCUACCGAGAAAGAUUCCGAGCUCAACUCUCUUGCCGCUGAUUUGGUUACUCGAAAAGAUGCCUUCUUUUGUCUUGAGCGUAAGAAUGCUGACAUCUCCCUUAGCUAUGACAAGCUCCUGGUUAGAUUUCAUGCAUACCACAAGUCCACAGAAAAAUCCAAGUCUGAAGCCAUCAUAGAUGCGUACAAGUUGGGCUACCUGCACUGCGCAGAUAAGACUACUCCCUUGUAUGCAAUUGACGACGUAGACAUCGAGACGCUCUGUCCCGACUCACCCCCUAUGGAAGGAGGAACUGAAGAGCAGGCAGACGGAGAAGACGCAGUAGAUGAGAUGAUGGCAGAUGUCGCGAAGCAGGCAAAUGGAGCCGCUGAAGGUGUGGAUGAUCAGGCGGAGGCCGAAGAGGCUGCAGCUCAGAGGUCUCCUGCUGGCGUCCCAGAGUAG